AUGGGGGCCACACUGUCUAUGAUCAAGACCCUCUUCAUCCCCGCCCUGAUUGCCCUCCUCGCAUACAUCAUCAUUACCUUUGCUGUCAUCCCUCUGAUCCGGUUCUACCACAACCGGUACAGCCACUACCUGCCACUCGACACCAUCACCACCCAGACAUCAUCGAUCCGUCAGCGCAUGCAGAGCGUGGCCGGUCGGUUCCUGGUGCCGUCUACAUGGCAACAGCGGCUGCGCGAUCGGGCUGCCGCUGGCGGCGGCCUAGGCUUUGCCGGUGGCCUCAUGGCAGGCGGGUUCCUAGGACGCCAAACGAUGGACGACGAUACCGAGUUUCUGUCUGAUGGCGAGGACUUUGACCACGACAUCAAUGGCGGCAGUGAAGGCCUCGUCCUGGGAGAAGAAGGCGAAGAGCUAGGCGAAAUUCGGCGCGGCGAAGCUCUACUGCGUGGCCUCCCGAGCCAAGGAGCCUACAAUACAAAUCGGCUUAGCAGAGACCUAGAACAGGGAUUUAUGGACGACAGCGACGAUGACGAGCCGCCAGCACGGCGGCGCUGA